CAGAACGAAUUGAUACAAAGCUGACAUUGAGGUUCCUCGUUACGAACAGUUAAAAUUCAUUUCCUCAUUUGUCGGAUCGGCUGCGGAUUAAUUCCAACAAGACGCUAGACAGUGCCUGACUACUUCAGAAGGAUAAUGUCGGAUACAGCUGGAAAGGUUAUCAAAUGCAAAGCUGCAGUAGCAUGGAAGCAAAAGGAGCCUUUAUCCUUGGAAGAAAUCGAGGUAGCAUCGCCUAAAACGCAUGAAGUCCGAAUCAAAAUAGUAGCUGUGGCACUUUGUCAUACAGAUGCUUAUACUUUAGAUGGAUUGGAUCCAGAAGGAGUAUUUCCUUGUAUACUUGGUCAUGAAGGCAGUGGUAUCGUAGAAAGUGUCGGAGAGGGUGUCACCGAGUUUCAGCCUGGUGAUCAUGUUGUACCACUUUACAUUCCUCAAUGUGGAGAUUGUAAGUUCUGUAAAUCACCGAAAACAAAUUUAUGCAGCAAAAUCCGUGAAACUCAGGGUAAGGGUUUAAUGCCCGAUGGUACGUCUCGUUUUACAUGCAAGGGACAAACACUCGCACACUUUAUGGGUUGCUCCACCUUCUCUGAAUAUACAGUUGUAGCUGAUAUUUCUCUCACAAAGAUUAAUCCUAAAGCACCAUUGGACAAGGUAUGUUUGUUGGGUUGUGGAAUAUCUACAGGUUAUGGUGCAGCUUUAAAUACUGCCAAAGUAGAACCAGGAAGCACUUGUGCUGUAUGGGGUUUAGGAGCUGUUGGUCUUGCAGCAAUCUUCGGUUGCAAGAAAUCUGGUGCAUCUCGUAUUAUUGGGAUAGAUGUCAAUCCGGCCAAAUUUGAGCAAGCUAAAACUUUUGGCUGCACAGAAUUUGUUAAUCCCAAGGAUUAUGAUAAACCCAUUCAGCAGGUAUUAAUUGAAAUGACUGAUGGUGGAUUAGAUUAUACUUUCGAAUGCGUUGGAAAUGUAAAUACUAUGAGAGCUGCAUUAGAAUCCUGUCACAAAGGAUGGGGUACAUCAGUAAUAAUAGGAGUAGCCGCAGCUGGUCAAGAAAUCAGUACUAGACCAUUCCAGUUAGUCACAGGACGAGUAUGGAAAGGGACCGCAUUUGGUGGAUGGAAAUCAAAGCAAAGCGUGCCGAAAUUGGUGGAGCAGUAUCUGUCAAAAGAAUUGAUUCUCGAUGAAUUUAUUACACAUAAUCUUCCAUUUGAAAAAAUCAAUGAAGGUUUUAAUAUAUUACAUUCAGGAAACUGUUUGAGAGCCGUUCUUAAAUACUAAAAACGUUUUUUAUCUUGUACUGCAAAAAUAUGGCCUACUGAGAACCAGUGUCUUCUACAAUUUAUUAAAAAGUGCUUUAUAAGAUGCCCAUAUAAAUAUCAUACUACCCCAUUUGUUACAAAUUUGUAUUGAAUCUCUGGAAAUGAAAGAUGGUAAAUAAACUUUAUAUUUACUA